AUUGGGUUGUAUGGAAAUUUAAUGCGUAAUCUUUCUAUGUAUAUGUUGUUUUUCAUCUUUUUUUUAAUGCGAAAACGCAGGGGUUUCUAGGGCACCUCUUAAUUCUAGGCAGAAUGAAAUCACAUAUGGUUAUGUAUCAGGCCCGAUUCGUCCUGGUUAGUCUUUUGAUUAUUUUGUUUACAUGUUGAAAGGCUAUUACAAAGGUUACCUUGGGUUAUUUUACACUUGUGCAAGCUAAUGGGUAUCGAUGGUUCUCCAAAAUAAGAAUCUGACACCAAGUGACACGGUGAAUUAUGUAGGAUAUAGCUCAGCGUUUGAAGCUAUUCAUUUUAUGUAUCACUUUUAAUUGCAGAAUCUUGAAUUUAGGGGAAAUGCACAAUGUAGGGUGUUAAUAUUGAGUCAUUGUUUGGAGUCGUGCAUACAGUAGAGCAGGUCUUUGAUGUGGCAUAAAGACAAUGGGAUGGUCAACCAGCUGAUGGUCACUAAUGUGUUUUCCAAUAUUUGGUUUAUUUUUAAUUGUUGCUAUUUUAUUUCGCCUAAUUGACGAGCGCGUGAUUUCCAUGUAAAUGUCUUUUACAUUUUUUUUCCUUUCUUGCUGUGCGUGCAAAAUCUCUAAAUAGCCUUUCAAUUCAUUUUAGAUCACAAUAUCCGAUGACACUGCACAUUUGACAACACUUGUGCUGUAAACUAGCUGUGUGAGGAGUGUAAAAAUAGACAACAAACCUGUUUCGCUUGGCGUGCCCUAGAUAGUGUGCAGUGGGCUCUAUUUGGUCGUAAAUGUUUUGUUUUGUGGGUCCCUGACGGUGUCGUGCUGGCUCUGGAUUGGGUUUGUGGGUCGGUCAUUUGAUCGGGUCAGAGGCGCAGCUGUUGCUGGGCUGGAGAAAGAGGGUACACUGGAAUAGUGCUAAACUGAAAUGCCGAAACACAGGCUCAUAUUUGGUACCCUUUACCCGGCGUACUCCUCAUACAAAGCUGUUAAAUCAAAAGAUGUGAGAGAAUAUGUGAAAUGGAUGAUGUACUGGAUAAUAUUUGCACUUUUUACUACAGUUGAAGUGAUUACUGAUAUCUUUUUGUGCUGGCUCCCAUUCUACUAUGAACUCAAAAUCGCCUUUGUGGUGUGGUUACUUUCCCCGUACACAAAGGGAUCCAGUGUGCUGUAUAGAAAAUUUGUCCACCCUACACUGUCCUCUAAGGAGAAGGACAUCGAUGAAUACCUUUGCCAAGCAAAAGAUAAAAGCUACGACACCCUGGUGCAUUUUGGAAGGAAAGGCCUGAAUGUUGCGGCAACAGCUGCAGUAAUGGCUGCGUCUAAGGGCCAGGGCGUUCUCUCCGAGCGACUCCGCAGCUUCAGCAUGCAGGACCUGUCAUCUUUCCAGGCAGAGGGCCAGGCAAAGAAUGCAAGUUCUGUAACUACUCAACCUGCAGCCGCGCAGCACAGAUCACGCACCAUGAUGCGCAGCAAAUCAGAGACUGGUUACAGCAAGGGCCAUGAUUUUGACAUGACCGAAUAUGAGAUGUUGAACUUGGAGCAAUAUGCCCCCAUUGAGCCUCCUGGUCCGCUGACACCUACCCCGGCCCCAUCCCAGCCCACUCUUCCUCAGCCUGAGCCCUCGACUCCACUGCAUUCCCCUCAUGAGCCCUUCCAGGAUAAAUCCGCAUCCCAACCCGUAGCCUCAGAGGAGCCUGAGGAGAAGGAGGAAUUUGCCUCAUCUGCUUCAGUCCAGUUCAGAUUUAAGAGGCGUGCCCCUGAGCCUCCUCCUAGAACCCUAAGACCCGUCACCCGAUCCAGAUCAAAGAACGCCCUCUCUUCGGAUACUGAAGCCAUGUGACUGUACACAUGCUCCAAGAGCGCUUUAGCUGUCUUACCUGCAACAUGUGGAGACACAACAAGAGAAGGCAGAGAAAAAAAGGAAUGCAGCCAAAAUGUUCAAAUAUUCAAAAGCAGCCUUGCUCUGUAAUGAGGUAACCAAAGCGAUGUGCAACCUUUCGCUUCUGAUCUUUGACACUCAAGGGGGAUUCAUUUAGGUAGCACGUUCGUGUACAUACUGCUGCUGUGAGACUCUUUGGGGGUUAUUAAACUUGUUUUGUAUAUAUUUAUGGUAUGUUUGAGUGUAGAUGGUUUGAUUUCUUGGUAUGAUUUUGGGAGAAACAAACGCAUGCAUGUCCCUCUGGUCACCCAACCAUAAUCACUGCACACAGUCAUAAUGUCUAUGAGCAUACUUUAUUUUUAGGGGGACUACACUCAUUUUGGGUCACCCAAAGCUCCCUUAACAACUACUGAGUAGCAAGGUGUUUCCAAAUCAGCCUUUCUUAGAACAGUAAUUCUUAGUGAAAAAGUACAACACUGAUGUGGUAGGUGUGUUUGACUGCUUUUAUUUCAUGAUUUACAUAUCAACAAAUGCAAAGGAUCAUCUGUACAGAGGGAGUUUUUAAUAAAAGCUUGUAGUUGAACCAAAAAAAGGUAUUAAUCACAAUGCCUGACAUGAUUUAAAAUAGAUGGACAAAGUGCAAUGGAUUUUACAAUUCUGUGAUCUUUCAAUAGUUCAGCUAUAAACUUAAAAUAUUGUGCCGUAACUUCAAAUAUAUAUAAAGUUAAUCAAUAACCAUCUUGUUAUCUUGUCGUUAAAAAUGCACUAGAAACUUUCCUAGACACAAAGAGGUAAUAGGUUGAUAUGUUUAUGGACAUUCUUUCUUUACUUCAUGAAUUAUUAAGCAUGUACAGUAUUUUUUAUCAUUUCAAAACUCCGCACUGAUUGAUCAACGUGGAAUUUCAUGUAUUUUGGAGUAAUUUUAGCGGAAUAUUUUCUGUUAUUUCCUAGCUGGCUUCUUAAACGUCUUCAGUUGCUUAUUGUUGCAUGUAUUCACAUUGACAGUUUGAAUGUGUUUCACAUUUUUGGCCUCAACUUUCUGAACGUGUUCAGUAUUAAAGUACCUUAUCAGAGUUGAGCAGGCAUUAGUGGUGAUUUGGUACAACACAAAGCGGGUCCUUCAGUCAGUGUAGUCGUUUUACUUUUGUAGCAGUCGCACAGUUAGUCAUAUGAGGAGAAACAAAUGUCUGAAAACACUGUGCAAUUACACUAGCAUGCAUCACUGAGAGGCUCACAGUUUGCUGUUGUAUCAUUCCUGUGUUGCAGUAACUAUCAAAACACAUAGCUGAAUCUUAGAACAUUCUAUAUUUAGAAAGCUUUUCACAAUGUGUUUUAUACUGUGAAAACGAUGACAAUCCUAAUCUCAUAAACACGCUUUGUCAAAUUACAGAUUUUAUGUAUUUGAGAUCUUGUAGCUGUUCAAAUGGUUAUAUCAAACUUCACUGACAACAUAUCUGGCUCAGGAACUGUUUUUGUCAUUUUAUCACAGUUUCAUUUAGACUUGUGCUUAUAUUAUCUACAGUGUCAACUAAAAAAGUCAUUGGAAUAGUGAUAAUCUGGUUUCUUUUUUGUUGGCUUUGUGUUUCCAGUAUUCACAGUGAGAUUAAAAUGCAGCAUUUUCUCUAUGUGAAAUGGUAUGACUUUGAAGUGCUCUGUGUGGAACCAUCUUUGGCCUUUUACAGCAUAUAAAAACAUCUUGACUGUU